GCUACCAGCUCGGCAAGACCGUUGGGGAGGGGAUGUACUCCAAAGUGAAGGAGGCUUUUUCCCGAAAGCAUCAGAAGAAAGUGGCGAUUAAAAUAAUUGAUAAGAAUAAAAGCCCAAAAGCAGCCGGGCGGCGGGAAAAAUUCCUGCCCUGCGAGCUCCAGAUCGCCACAGGCUUGGACCACAGGAACGUCAUCCGCGUGCACGAGGUGCUGGAGUCCGCGGAGGGGAAGAUCUGCCUGGUGAUGGAGCUGGCGGAGGACGGGGACAUCUUUGACUACGUGCUCCGCGAGGGUCCCCUGCCCGAGCCCCGUGCCAAGGCGCUUUUCCACCAGCUGGUCGAGGCCGUCCGGUACUGCCACGGCUGCGGGGUGGCCCAUCGCGACCUCAAGUGCGAGAACGCCCUGCUGCAGGGUCACACCUUGAAGCUGACGGAUUUUGGCUUUGCCAAGCGGCUCCCUGGGGACGGCCAGGAGCUGAGCUGGACCUUCUGCGGCAGCACAGCCUACGCGGCGCCCGAGGUGCUGCAGGGCGUCCAGCACGACAGCCGCAAGGGCGAUGUCUGGAGCAUGGGUGUCAUCCUCUAUGUCCUGCUCUGCGCCCGCCUGCCCUUCGAUGACACUGACAUCCCCAAGAUGCUGCACGAGCAGCAGAAAGGUGUCUCUGUCCCCAGGCACCUGGGGAUCUCCAAGGAGUGCCAGAGCCUCCUGAAAAUGCUCCUGGAACCAGACAUGACCCUGAGACCCUCCAUCGAGGUCAUCAGCAGGCACCACUGGCUGACUAACCCCUGA